CAAUUAUUUACCACUGGAAAAGAUUUCUUAGAAUUUGAGAAGUGCCAAACCUUUAUGCAAGCAUUAAAUGACUAAAAAAUGUGCAUCUCAUCAUAUCUCCUAAUUCUCUCCCUUCUCUCUCUUUUUUCUCAAGGUUGUCUGCUCUCAGUUUCAAAGUCUCUGCAAGAGGUAGAAGAUGAAGAUAUGUUGCUUGCUGCAUUAAAUCUAGGAAAAACUCUACAAAAUGGAGAUAAAAGUAUGAACAGAGGAGUUAUACCUUUGCUGAAGUACUACAAGACUGAAGACAGCAGUGUUUUCAAUGAUAAGAAUGCUGGAAACACAAAGUUUUUGGACAGAGGUUCCAGGCAUGAUUUCUUCAAUCAUGUUAUGCCAAUCAACUUAGGUGGAAAGCAACUACCUUAUCCUGCACUGAAGGGAGCCAUGACUUUUCCAGCUGACACUGAAAUUCAAAAUAUUGAGUCAAUACAGGAAAGAGAGACCACAGAUGAAAAAAAUUCAGCUAAAUUACCUAUUGGAAGAAGAGAUUUUGACAUCCUCAGGUGUAUGCUGGGAAGAGUCUAUCGACCUUGUUGGCAAGUGUGAAAACUACUUAUCUCCACCACCUUCUCUGAAGAUUAAACAUUUUAUUCUGAAUUUAAUGUAAU